GACACCGGCUACAAGAUCGCGGCGGCUAUGAGCAACGCACGAAUGAAGUCAAUCAUUGCGAAGUCGGCGCGCCGCGCGCAGAAAGGCUCCCUCCCCGACGCGCAAUGCGUCGAGCUCGCGGUGACGAUGGGCGCCCGAGACCGCAUUGCCGCCAUGGCACUCAAAGCACUGGAGAGCGACCCACUCAUGAUGACGUUUGGCUCCGGCGAUGCGUUCCCGUCGACGUGCCGCGACUUCCUCCCUCAAGUGCUCCGGCAUGGCGGCUGCCCCCGUAGUGUCCUCAACGUGGUCGACGCAAUCUACGUGUCCCCGCUGGCGUGGAUCAACCUGAGUGGCACGAUGCAGGACCUCUUCCACCGCGCGCGCCGCCUCAAGCGGAGGGUCGGCGGAAUCUGCGCCGGCGACGCGGGCGCGGCCCUUCCCUCGAUGCAAAUGUCCCGCCCACUGAGCAGUACAUUCUAUGCUGCGAAGCACCUGGCGCGCCUGGCCCUCGAGGCGCUCGCGCGUCAGAUGGCCCCGCCGGCGGCGGUGCACUCCACUUACCUAGAGACGCGGGUCCAGACGAAGCUGGCCAAGCUGGCGCCGCGCUGGGCCAACGCGCAGGUUGCGCCAACUGCGAAGUACCUCGGAGCGUUGCUUGGCCCCUCAGUUACGAGCGACGCGCGCUGGAAGAAGGCG